GAUGUUGUUUUCAUAAAUCAGACAAUGACAUCUACGAUGAUGUUGCAGUUAAGGUUUCUUCCUGAUGACUCUUCCAUGCAGAUCAUGGAUGUGCAAGCAGUGCUGCCUCUGGAAUGGUGCAGGCCUUUUGCACGCAUAUGAGCGUUUGCUUUUGCCCUUCUGGCAAGCAAAAGAGCAGUUUUCUUGCCUUGAUUUCCACAGUUCCCUUUAACUGCCAUUUCUUGAUGAUAUUACAGACAGUGGAAGUGUGAUCUGAAGGCAUUAUGCAUUCAUACUUCCCUGGUUCUACAUGUGCAGAUUUGAAAACCCUGCACCGUACUGAUGAGCCCCAACCAUUGUACAGUUGGUAAUCUUGUCAGCAUACUAUUUGGACUGUGCUUCAAUACCAAGUAGGUAGGGUUUAGCCUAUAAGGUAUUUCAUGUAAAUGGAGAUUUUUAAGAGCAAUACUGGUCUUUCUUCCCAGAAUUCCUUCUCUGGUGGCACAAAGAACAUUCUACAUUUAGAGGGAAGAAUGAAUUCCUCUAAAUAUCUAUAAAUUCUGAAUGCCAAUGUGAGAUAGCCAAGAAACCGAUGCUGAAAGGGAAUCCAGCUCUUACAGUGCUCUGACACAUCACUGAAAAUCUAUGGGUUUAUCAUAGACAUGCAAGACAGCCGAAGAAGAUCUUGCAAUUAAAAGUCAACUGCAAUGAAAAGAGAAAAAUUCCUUUCAAAAAUUGAAACACACUUUGCAGCAUACUUUCUCCUCUUUUUACUGUCUAAAUAACAAUUGAAAAACUCUUAGCUGAACACAGAAGGCAUUUACAAGCUGUAAUCUGUGCCAGAGGGGGUGCCAUUAAAUACACAUAUUUUGUUUCUAUGAUUUAAAGUUUUUGAAAUAAAACAACUAUUCCUUAACAUUUUCAAAUAUGUUUUUUUAACCACACUGAUUCCAUUAAUAGUUGUCUACUACUUUUUCUUUCAGCUGUAUAUGCAUACAUAAAAGAGGUGCUGUGAGAAUACAAAGAAUUGCAAAGUAAUAAGGGGUUGGUUCCUGAACGUUUCUUGUAAUGCUCAUGAUGCCCUUUUGUUGGUGCCAGAAAUGAUCUGAGAGAAAAAAAUUGGCUGCAGUUUCAAUUAUUGAUUGCCCUUGUUUGACGCUGUCUCCUUUUUCUGUUGAGAAAUAGCUUUUGGAAACACCAAUGAAAAAACCUGAUAACUCACAACUUCUUUCGCUUAAAGAGGGCAAGGGGUUUACUUUCUCUGCACUAAAUGGGCUCUAAAUAUAAACGGGGCCCUUUACCUUUCAAUAGAGUUGGCAACUUUGGAGACUUUGCAUUUUGACCCUAGAGUUUUGGACACUGCUCCCACAUUUUGAAAUGAUUCGUCGCCUGCAUUUUUCUGUACAAAGGAGGUUUAAGUUGGUGGUUCUGUCACUUCUCUUUGUCACUUUUGUGUUGCAUUUUGCUUUUGACAUAUCCUCCUUUUCUGCUACCGUAUCCUGCUCAUGUCCAUCUCACAGUCACCCCAAGGCCAAAGUGCAUGUUGUCAGAAAACCUCCAGCUGUCAGGGCUCUGCAAGACUUCAGUGGCAGCAAUGGUUCAACCCAGAGUUCUUCGGUUCAUGGAAGUCAGGGGAAGAAGGCUCUUCCUCUCGGACCCAAAUUUUCAGAUGAAAAAGCAAGACGAUACCAGGGUUCAAAGAUGAAUUCUCUGUUCAAACACCCCCUUUACAAUACUCCCUUGCCAGUACUUAAGGAGGAGGACAAGCUGUUUAGAGUUAACUCCAAGGAACGGUUCACCCUGAAAGACAGCAGCAGUGGAAGUGAGGAAUGGGUCAGUGCCGGUCUUGAGUUUGUCUUGCCCACAGGAGAGACAGCGGUGGACACAUAUCCCACCUGGCUAAAGAUUCACAUUGGCAUCAAUCGCUAUGAGUUGUACCCAAGGAACGAUCCACUCAUUCCCAUCCUGCUGAAGGAACUCUCUACGCAACGUAUCCUUAACUCGGUUCAGAAGCCCGGUGGCACCCAGCUAAAGCUGCUUAUGACUUUCCCUAACUAUGGACAAGCUCUUUUCAAACCAAUGAAACAGACCCGAGAGCAAGAAACCCCUGCUGAUUUCUUUUACUUCUCAGAUUUUGAAAGGCAUAAUGCAGAAAUUGCUGCUUUCCACCUGGACAGAAUCCUAGAUUUCAGGCGCAUCCCACCGGUUGUUGGGCGGCUGGUGAAUAUGACAAGAGAAAUCUGGGAUAUCACAACAGAUAGGAAGCUGGCUAAGACUUUUUAUAUCUCUCCAGCCAAUAAUGUCUGCUUCUAUGGUGAGUGUUCCUACUACUGCUCCACGGAGCAUGCAUUGUGCGGAAAGCCUGAUCUUCUUGAGGGCUCUGUAGCUGCUUUCCUUCCUGACACUGCACUGGCCAAAAGGAAGUCCUGGCGCAGCCCCUGGCGGCGCUCUUACCACAAAACCAAAAAGGCAGAAUGGGAACUGAAUCCAAGUUAUUGUAAUACAGUAAAAGUCACCCCACCCUACAGCCAGGGCACACGACUCUUAGACCUUAUAGACAUGGCUAUUUUAGAUUUUCUCAUGGGAAACCAAGAUCGUCAUCACUAUGAGACAUUUGAGAAAUUUGGAAAUCAAACAUUUCUCCUUCACUUGGACAAUGGGAGAGGGUUUGGGCGUCACUCAUAUGAUGACCUCUCCAUUCUGGCACCACUGCAGCAGUGUUGCAGGAUCAAGAAGUCUACCCUGCAGCGCUUGCAGCUUCUGGCGACAGAGCCAUAUCGUCUGAGUGAUGUAAUGCGGGAAUCUCUCUCCAUGGAUCUUCUCUACCCUAUCCUGUCUGAGCCCCAUCUCCUUGCCCUGGACAGGAGGCUCACCCUCAUCCUUAAAGUAGUGAGGCAAUGUGUAAAGAAAGAAAGUCAUCCCCGGGUGGUACAUGAUGAUCUAAAGAAGCUUUAGAAGGAAAUGGGUGGUUUUAGAUGUCACCUAUAUGAUGCUUCCUUUUUGUCCUAUCAUGACACAUGUUUUAAAAAAUAGGUAGAAUUAAGAAAGCUUAUCAUCUUCAAAAAUACCCAUCAGCACCACAAAUACCCACCAGCACAAGGAUUCCACAGGCAUGACCUUUGUUUUAUUCUGCUUUUAUUGCAGAGGGUUGGGUAUUUGGCAUUCAUUUGUUCAGAUUUGGUUUCUGUGAGCAUAUGCUUAUUUGCACAAAGAAUAUCAUGCCUUUAUUUCAGCACAAUGUCAGCCUUUCAGUAAUUGCACUUAGAUCUUUGGUCUUUGUAUUAUGUGACAAACCAUCAUGGAUCAAUAAAAAGGGCAUAUUUUA